CAGUGCAGCAGGUGGCGCUGUUCAGAGCGCAAGCCUAGUCGGUAACGUCACUCCAACCGUCGAAGAAACGCGAGAAGACAUCAUGGCGGGAUUAAUGAAAUCCGAAAGUGGCUUUGGAAUCGAAACCGUCAGAAUGAAAGUUAUCUUGACUGCUGUGUUGUUUUUAUUUCAUUUGUCUCAAACGUCAGGUGCCACACGUCCUGUUAUAGAAGUUAAAGAUGGACAAGAAAUCAAAGUACAAGGCCCACAACAUUUUUGCUACAAUAAUUCUAUCAUACCUGGAUGGAGGGAAACAUGGACUAGAAUACAGGUGAGAGUGUGGAGCACUGUGAAGCUGAAGGUGACUGUGGUUAAUGAUGAGCAGGACCUGCAGGAACUUGAGCAUUUCAGCAUCUGGAAACUUGUGCAGUACUUUGUUCGUGAACAGACCAAUGAGACCACCGUGAGCGUCAGUAUUUUUAACAACAAGACUUGUUUUAGAGUGGACCCUUCAGAUUCCCGAACACUUUAUACAGUACAACCUAGUCACCAUUUUGACAUCUACUUGUUUUUGGUUUUUCUGGCUGGACUGUCGCUGUUCUUUUUUGCAGAUAUCCUGAGCAGAAGUCAAGUGUUCUACUACUCUGCUGGCAUGAGCACUGGAAUGAUCGCCUCCCUCAUCAUCCUCAUCUUUGUUAUUGGCCGUUUUCUACCCAAGAAAAGCCCAUUCUACGUGCUGCUGAUGGGUGGAUGGUCUUUUUCUCUCUACGUCAUCCAGCUGGUGUUUAGGAAUCUCCAAAUCAUUCUGAAAGAUCACUGGCAUCUGGCUAUCGGUUACGCCGUUGUGGUUGGGUUCAUCAGUUUUGCAGUGUGUUACCGCUAUGGCCCCCUGGUGGACAGGCGAAGUAUCAACAUCCUUUCCUGGACGCUGCAAAUCUUCGGCCUUCUGCUGAUGUACGCUGGCAUUCAGGUCCAGCAAGUGGCUCUGUCUAUCAUGGUAGCUGCAUUCUGCUCCAAGAACUUGGAGUACCCUUUAACUAAGGUCCUCGUGCUUUAUCACAAGCUGAGACCAAAGAAACUCGAGCCACGCCGUCUGCUGACAGAAGAGGAGUUUCAGAGACAGUCAGAGGUUGAGACUCAGAAAGCUCUGGAGGAGCUUAGAACAUACUGCAGCAGUCCUAAGUUCAACACCUGGAAGACUGUCUCCAGGCUCCAGUCUCCUAAGAGGUUUGCAGACUUCGUCGAGGGUUCUCCGCAUCUGCUGUCCAAUGAGGUAUCGGUUCAUACACAGGAGUACGGGCUGGGUGGAUCGUUCUUUGAGGAUGAGCUGUUCUCCACUGAUGAAGAAAAUCAGGAGCAGGAGGAGGAUGGCGGCUGGGAGACUUAUGAUGAUCUCCACGACUCAACACCGCACGGGUGAAAUGACCGAUGAAGCGUGUGGAAGUGUUUCAUUUAAGCGGACCUGAAAUCUGUUCAAAAGUAGCAUUCACUGUUCUUCUGUAUGUACCUUCAUUCAGACAUGAGUGUCUGAUGCAUUCAUAACGGACUGCCAACAGUGAAAAUAGCUCAUGGGAAAGGCCAAAAGUUGUUUAUUUUUCUGAUUAUUCUUGAUUUGUCUUUUUAUUUGUUUGAAGUUAUGCAGAGACCUCCUGUGGAAGCAGGGAACUGUGCAUGUGGUGCUGUUACAUGGACUGUAUUUUUAAGUUACUAAUACUAAAAUAGUGGAUCAGAAGAGGCACAUACGUUAUAGUUUUAUUUUGUGGCGAUUGUCUGGAGCUCUAAGUCUGUUUAGGAUCAGAGCAUUAUUUUUUGUAUUAAAGAGUAAUAAAAGAAAUACAGUGUCUUGA